UAGUAGGUUCUUCAGCAUGUUGUUUAUUUUCGCGCCUUUUUUUUAUUCACUACUGCGUGAUGGACCAUUCGGAUGUUUUCACCAAUUUCGAGAUUUGUAUUUGUAUGUGAGUGACGACAAGAAAGACUAACUAGGAGCCGGAAUUCAGCAUACCGAGGGAAUUGGCAAAUUUAUGCGCAGAUUUCUGUCACCCCCAAAAAGAAAAUUUGGCCUAUAGUAGCCUACUAUUUGUGAUUCUACAUUUGACCAUCUGAUUCCAGCAAAAGCCAAUUUCCGUCUUGAUUUCCGGAUUUCUCGGGAAGAAAAAUUUCCAUUUUAGAUAAAGACGGCGUGUGUCUAUUCACCAAGCUAGAGGGGCCACUAGAACGUCGAAAAAUAUCACUAGUGUUUUUUGGGAUGAUGCCAAACAUGUGUACGAUUCUGCCAUCAAGCAAUAUCUUAAAAAGAAUUGGAAAGUGGUUUUGAAAAACUGACGUGUGGCAGAACAAUUCGAAUUGAGUAGGGUCCAGACAGCUGACAGAAGCGCCAAUAUCUGUCAAACACAGCUUACCUUGCGUCGCCAUGGAUAGUGUAUGUUUUAGUCAUGAUAUUUAUGUUGCUCGUAAGAUAUUUUAUCAUUUGAACCGGCCGACAGAAUUUGACAGCAAAGGAUCCCAUCAAAUAAUGGGGGGAUGUGGCCAGGAAAAUUGCGCUGCUGAUUGAAUUGUCGGACCGAAGAGACUGACAGAACGUUUUCUUUCUGCGACAUGGAUAUUCUGUCGUGAUGUAUUGAUAGUUUCCAUUAUUGUUAGGAUAUAGAUCUGUUCAUGGCCAAGACAUGUGUUUUUGGGUGAGUGAGCUGCAGCUAUUUUGCGGUCGAUUGCAGCAGGGUUGGAUAACAGCAGCCGGGAAACGUUGACGACGACCAACUGAUGAAUAGGCGACGCCCCGGGAGUCAUAAAACGAAGAGCAACGAGCAGAAACUUGAUCAACCGAGUCACAUUAGAAGCCGGAAGUUUAUCAUGUCGCAUCACGGCGGCUGUAGUCGAUUCAAGUGCUGGACGCUGAUUAUGAUGAUGAUGAUGAUGAUGCCACUGAUGGUCAUCAGCCGGAUGCAGUCGCUCAACUCUCAACCGCCGUUCAAUUUCACUUGGCCAGCCAAAAAAGCGGCUGAUAUGGAAGGUGAUCUCAUUCUCGGCGGCCUCAUGAUGAUCCACGAAAGGCAGGAUGACAUCACCUGCGGCCCAGUUAUGCCUCAGGGAGGCAUUCAGGCACUGGAGACGAUGCUGUUCACCAUAGACCAGAUCAAUCCCAAUUUGUCCAGCACGACCGGUUUCACCAUCGGCGCCCACAUCCUGGACGAUUGCGACAAGGAUACCUACGGACUGGAACAAGCCGUCGCUUUCAUCAAAGGUUCCAUCAGUAAUAUCGACGAUACCAAUUAUAAAUGUCUAGAUGGAACGGCGCCGGACGUGAGGAACAAAGUUAUUUCGGGAGUGGUUGGCGCUUCGUCUUCAGUGACGUCCAUCCAAGUGGCCAAUCUUUUGCGACUCUUCAAAAUCCCGCAGGUUUCCUUCUUCUCGUCGAGUCCCGAGUUGAGCAACAAGCAGCGCUUUGAAUAUUUCACGCGGACCAUUCCAUCCGACCAUCACCAGGUGAUGGCCAUCGUCCAGAUGAUCCGCUUCCUCAAAUGGUCCUACAUUUCCAUCCUCUACGAAGAAUCCACCUACGGCAUUAAGGCGUUCGAGGAGCUGGAAGUGCUGCUGGCCAAGAACAACAUUUGCAUCGCCGUCAAGGAGCGGUUGGUCAAGGACUCUGGUGUGGCCGGCGAGGCGGCCUACAACGGCAUCGUCCACAAGUUGAACUCGAAACCCAAAGCCAAAGGAGUCAUCAUCUUCGGGUCGGAUCAGGAGGUGUCGGGAGUGAUGCGGGCCGUGCGGCGCAACAAUCUGACGGCCAAUUUCAAUUGGAUCGGCUCGGACGGAUGGGCCGGCCGCCUUCUCGUCUCCGAAGGCAACGAGCCCGAAGUGGAGGGAACGUUGGCCUUUCUGCCGCAGGCUCAUCCCGUCAGAGGAUUCGACAAUUAUUUCCUCUCCCUCACGCCGCAAAACAACAAACGAAAUCCCUGGUUCAUCGAGUUUUGGGAAAACCAUUUCCAAUGUCGUUACCCGUCGAGUUCACCAACUCCGUACAAUCAGGAUUGGGAUCGGACGUGCACAGGUCAAGAACAACUCACUCCCGAAGGCACCGAGUUCGAGGGGCAACUGCAAUACGUUUCGGACGCUGUCAUGGCGUUCGCCAACGCUUUCAAAGAUAUGCAUCAAACAGUUUGCCAAGGCCGCAGGGGCCUCUGCAAGGACAUGGUGCCCAUCGACGGCAGCGAACUGCUCAAAUAUCUGAGACGGGUCGAGUUCACGGGAUUAAGUGGCGACCGCUUCCAGUUUGACGAGUACGGCGAUGGUCCGGCUCGUUACGACCUGAUUCAUUUCAAGCAAGUCUCACCCGAUCGAUAUCGAUGGCAGCGGAUUGGCGAGUACCACUCGGGACAACUAAAACUCAAUACCAACGAGGAGCUUCGAUUCCGGGGGGAUCAGGCGACGACGCCGGAAUCCAUUUGCAGUCAUCCGUGCAAUGCGUCGCAGGCCAAAAAGUACGUGGAAGGCGAGGGAUGCUGCUGGACGUGCGUCGAAUGCGUUCUCUAUCAGAUCCGGAAUCCGGAUGAUGAGACUCAAUGUUCCGCUUGUCCACUCGGAACUUUACCCAACGUCGAGCGGAGCCAAUGUCUGACCAUUCCGGAAGUCUACUUGCGUCCCGAUUCCGGAUGGGCCAUUGGGGCCAUGUCCUUUUCUGCCGUGGGAAUCGCCCUCACCUUCAUGGUAUUGGGCGUGUUUCUGCGGCACAAUGACACGCCGGUCGUGCGAGCGUCCGGACGGGAAUUGAGUUACGUUCUGCUGAGUGGGUUCCUCCUCUGUUACAUGGUCUCGUUCCUGUUGGUUUUGCGACCGACGGACGUCGUCUGCGGAGUCCAGCAGACGGCCAUCGGCCUCUGCUUCAGCGUCGUCUACGCCGCCCUUUUCACCAAAACCAACCGGAUCGCCCGCAUCUUCCGCGGCGGCAAGAAAUCGGCCGGGCGACCGGGGCUCAUCUCACCCAAAUCGCAGCUGGCCAUUUGCGGCGGACUGGUCGCCAUUCAAGGUCUGAUUUUGCUGGCGUUGCUGUGGGUCUCUCCGUCGGUGGCCAAACACGUUCACCCGACACGUGAAGACAAUCUCCUUGUCUGCUCCUCAUUCACAGACGCCUCCUACAUGAUGGCGUUCGCUUAUCCGAUCCUGUUGAUCCUCCUCUGCACCGUCUACGCGGUGGUCACGCGCAAAAUUCCCGCCGCUUUCAACGAGUCCAAGUACAUUGGAUUCACCAUGUACACAACUUGCGUCAUCUGGCUGGCCUUUGUGCCCAUCUACUUUAGUACGGCCAGUCAUCUGCCACUGAGGAUCACCAGUAUGAGCGUCACCAUCAGUCUGAGUGCCACCGUCACGCUGGCCUGCCUCUUCUCUCCAAAACUUUACAUCAUCAUCUUCCAUCCGGAGCGCAACGUCCGACAAGCUCUGACUAUGCCAACGACGAAACUCUCGUUCCGAAAUAAGAAAAACAGUAACAAUCAAUCUUCGAAUAAUGGAACGAAUAAGACGGAAUCUGCAAAAGGUCUGAGCACAUCUUCUGCUGUUCAAAAUCAACUGUCGCCGACGUCGCAACAGAUUCAAUCACAGCUGCCCCAGACGGAAAAUGACCAGGAGGAAAAUGAAGGGGACUUGACCGUCAAAAUGAUGUCAACCACCGGCACCAUCUCCGUCUCUCGAAUUCAGUUGAAAGACUUAUAGUUCCAAUUCCGCAGCAUCUAUUAGGAGCACCAGAAAUCACCUCAUCCAAUCGAAUUUGUCACGCCAAAUUCUCCGAUCGGUCUUGAUCCAUUUAUUGAUCCUUUUGGUUAUUGAAGCCAUUUGUAUUUGUUAUAGCCCCUCAACCUAGGUGAACAAACCAUAGCGUAUCCUUCAUUUCAAACAAAAAUGAAGAUUUGCUUCCGUAUCUCAGACUGAUGGCUCAUAUUACAGUGGUGUAUCGAUCUAAAAAUCAAUAAAUUUAGAAUUUGAACCAUGGAUUGAACCAUCGAUAUAC